AUGUUGAUAGACAAAAGGGCCGAUGGCUCCAUCGAGCCACCGCUCCCCCAGGCCGCCGGCUAUGCCGUCGUUGUUGCCAUUGGCUUCUUGAUCGCGUUCAUCAUGAUCUUUGCGACCCGUGUCCUAAAGAAGACAGUUGGCGAGGACAACAAAACCACAGAAAUGUUCAUGACAGCAAACAGAAGUGUUGGAACUGGCCUUACCGCCUCUGCCGUCAUCUCAUCAUGGCUAUGGAGUACUGCCAUGCUUGGAAGCACUCUUGUGGGCUACAACUUUGGUGUCGCUGGGCCGUUUUGGUUCGCAGCAGGUUGCUCACCCAUGAUUGUUUUCUUCUCACUUUUGGGCAUUGCGUGCAAGAUGAGGGUUCCAGAAGCGCACACUCUCCUUGAGAUUGUCCGGAUCCGAUAUGGAACAACCGGUCACAUUGUCUGGAUUGGACUUUGCCUCAUCAAUAAUAUCAUUGCCGUUGCCAAUAUGUUGCUGGGUGCCAGUGCCGCUAUCACCGCCCUAACUGGUAUGCAUAUUAUUGCUGCGACAUUCUUGCUCCCUGUCGGAGUGGUUAUAUACACCUUCGUUGGAGGCAUCAAGGCCACCUUCCUCACAGAUUACUUCCAUACUUUCGUCAUCACCAUCAUCAUUUGCUUCUUCACCAUCAAGACCUUCACCGUCCCAGAAAUCGGGUCCCCCGCUGGUCUUUUUGAUCUCAUUGUCGAGGCCGGAAAAGCGCAUCCUGUUGCGGGUAAUGAAGAUGGUUCAUAUUUGACAAUGACCAGCAAAGGAGCUAUCCUUUUUGGCAUCAUCCACCUCCUUGCCAACUUCGGUCUCGUCAUUAUGGACACUGGCUUCUUCGCCAAGGCUUUCAGUGCUGCUCCCCAGGCCGUGGUUCCAGGAUACAUCGUUGGCGGCAUUGCGUAUUUCGCGAUCCCCUGGUGUCUUGGAACACUGAUGAGCUUUACCGCACUUGGUUUGGAGGGUACCGAGCGUUUCCCAACGUAUCCUAGACGAAUGGACACGAUUGAGAUUUCAAAUGGCCUCGUCUUGCCCUACGCAGCUAUUGCCCUGGCAGGUAAAGGUGGUGCAGUAGCUGUUCUUCUCAUUACCUUCAUGGCUGUGACAUCGACCAUCUCAGCCCAAGUCAUCUCAGUCUCGUCCAUCAUUAGCUUCGACAUCUACCGUCAGUACUUCAACCGCAAUGCGACUGAUAGCGAUGCGAUUCGGUGGAGUCACAUCGGAGUUGUCUUCUUUGGCCUCUUUUCAGCUGCAUUUUCCACCGCGCUGUACUAUGGAAACGUCGACCUCGGCUGGACAUUGUAUAUGCUUGGUGUCUUAACAUGCCCUGGUAUUUUCCCUACUGUUUUCACUAUCCUUUGGAAGAAGCAGUCCAAAGCCGCCGCUGUGAUCUCACCAUUGCUCGGAAUGGCUACUGGAAUUGCUGUCUGGAUUGGGUCCGCAUCGUCUCUGUACGGAGGCGUCACUGUGGCCACGACUGGCCAGACAUUACCUUGUGUUUACGGAACUGUCGCGUCUGCGUUUAGUCCAGGAGUUUACUCGAUCAUCAUCUCUCUAAUUAGGCCGGACAAUUACAACUGGGCGGACCUCAGAAAUGAACGUCUCGCAUUUGAGCAGACCGGAGCCGCGACUUCCCAAGAGCCAGUAUCCCAUGAGGAAAAGGUUGCAAACUACACUGCAGACAAGGCAAGACUAAAGAAUUGGGGAACACUGGCGGCGGUCUGGGCGGCGGCAACAUUUCUUGGGCACUGGGUUCUAUGGCCUCUUCCCAUGUACGCUUCCAAGUAUGUGUUUGGAAAGGGAUUUUUCGUGGCCUGGAUCGUCGUGGCUAUUAUCUGGGUCUGGAUAACGAUGCUUAUCGCGGGUUUCUACCCCAUUAUUGAUGGCUGGCAACAAUUGCGUAAUGUUUAUCGGGGGUUGAAGACUGGCACACCUCGACAAGGAGGCGACCGGCUCGAGUUCUGGUUGAUUAAUGUUGACGGGGGUCAUCGGGGUUUAUACCAGGCCAGAAGGUUAUAA